AUGAUGAAGAAGAUGGGCGGGCCCGCCUCUUCAAUCGAUUCAAGUCAAAUGAAGGAGAACAUGAAGAGAAUAGGCGAAAUGAGCCCGGACGAGCUCAAGACGAGCAUGAACCAAGCGCAGCAGCAAUAUGGCGGCCAAAAGCAAUACAUGUACAAUGCUUCCAUGGAGUUGAAGAACCAGGGGAAUGCAGACAUCAAGGCAGGAAAGUAUGCCGAGGCUCUGAAAUCGUACAGCAGAGCAAUUGAUAAUCUCAAGAUGUUUGCUGGUGAGGAUGUCUCCCAGCUGAGAUUGUCACUACUUCUGAAUUCAGCCAUGUGCCACUUGAAGCAGAAGGAUCCGCAGAAGACCCUGGAGGUGUGCGAGGAAGCCCUACAAAUAAGCCCCAAGAGCGUGAAGGCCCUUUUCCGACGUGGCCUUGCUCGAGUUGAUAUGGGCCAACUUGCAGAGGGUGUUGCAGACAUGAAGUUAGCGUCCAAAUUGUCGCCGGAGGACAAGACCAUUACUGCUGAGCUAGAUCGUGUGGAGCAAGACGUUCUUAGCAAAGGCGUGUCGGCAGCAGAGAUCGCAUCAGCCCUAGAGAAGGUCGAGGCAUCCUCCAACACGCCUGCUGCAAGCAGUAGUAGUGCACCUGCCGAUCUGGACAAGAAAAUGGAACAGUUCUACUCCAAUCCGGACAUGGUGACACAAGCGACAGAGGCUAUGAAGAAGAUGUCACCGGAGGAGCAGAUCAUUCGGCAGAAUGAAGGGAAGCUGAUUCCAUAA